AUGCCUGUUCCAGCGGGCCUCGAGCAGUUCGGGACGCUCGACUGGGAGGAGGAGUAUGAGAAUCUUGUUUCCACUGGGUCCACUACUAAGGAUGAUUUAGAUGCUGGCGAUGCAAUGUGCACUAUGGACAUAUCCACCAAGACGACUGAAAGCGAGCUAUUCUUCCUCGAGGGCGACUUCGAUACCAACCCAGACAUCGUGGAGUCUUACCAGCUCGCACCCACCAACGAGGUCAUCUCCGCCGAGGAUACAAUUAUGGAGCACACCAUCCACCCCGCAUCCCCAGUCCCGCUUCCACUCGAGGAAGAACAUUCCCACAAUUCAAGCGCCGGUCAGAUCUUCCAUCCCGGCUGGUCCGAAGAGACGCCCUCUUGGGACCCGGAUACCGCUACCUCCCCUCAAGUCGCCCGCUGGGCCGUGUCCCCUGGCAUCUUCAAGGAUAUCAAGUGGACAAUCAACGCCUGCAGGGACGAUGUGGCGGAUAACAAUAUUCCACGUAUUGCUUCAAGCCUGCUGCGUGCUGUUCAACACGUCUACAAAGUCCCCUUAGAUGCCGGGAUUGGCUACCCUUGUGGAGCACGUGGCGAGAAGUUCUACAAGCGUUGGCUCGGACCAAUUCACCUCUUUCCUCGUGGUGCAAUGGGCCUCAAGGAGCCUAAUGAGCCAGAUGUCCCGAAGGACGUCUACGUGCCUAACGGCAUCAAAAUACUCCCGCCAUCGCCCCAUGGCCAAGCAUUCUAUCCUCGUCCCUCGCCUCUGCGCUACGUCGCCAACAAUGAUGAUGACCAACCUCCCAAGCCUUCCCAGUCAGCUCCGUCCCUGGUAUUCUUUUCGGGUGAAAAUUACCUCGAUGUGGAUGUUGAGAUGAGUCAGUCCAUGGAGACCGGGGAAAUCACAAUCCAGAAAUACGAACAAGAGAGCGAUCAAGAUGCUGGUGAGGAAAUCGAGUUCUCCCCUAAGGCACCUAUCGAGACACAAUUCGAAAUCGAAAUCAAUGAUCGCACCGUCCCCUCAAAUAUAGUCGACCAAGACGACGAGCACCUAUCCGCUUCCAGCGAAGGAUCUUGCUCUUGGCCCAGUUCCCCUCCAUUGCCCUCCCGCGAGCUUGAUUCUCCAGUCAUCAUAUACGAUGACGAAACUGUCGGCCUAGUCAGUGACGAAACGGCCUGCGAUCUGCCCGAGCUUGCUUUGGCAGCCCAUUACAAGAUUCCCGAACUCGGCCUUGCUCAGGAUCUGGACUCAGCCCCACUCUAUUCGGCCUACCACGCG